AUGGAAGUCUCAAUAAGAAUUGAUUCAAACAACAAUUCUAAUGAUGACAGUAGUAGAAACAACAAUAAUAACAAUAAUAAUAAUAAUAAUAGUAACGCUAACAACAACAACAAUAAUAAUAUAAAUGGUGGUUUUAAUCUUAUACCCAAUCCCUAUUCUUCAUCCUCUUUAAACAGUGACAGUAGUAAUAGUAGUAAUGAUGGUGAUAAUGAAAUAAACAGCCCUGUAAAUAAUAAUAAUAGAACUAUUUUCUCUAAUCCUGGUGGUCGAAUUAGCAAUUUAACAAAUUCACUUUCAAACCAUCUUUCGAACUCACUAACUUCUUCAUUAACUAAUUUAAUAUUACAAAAUAAUAAUAUUAUAAAUAAUAAUAAUAAUAAUAAUAAUAAUAAUAACAAUAAUAAUAAUAAUAAUAAUAAUAAUAAUAAUAAUAAUAAUAAUAAUAAUAAUAACCUCAAUUAUAAUGAGACCAUGUAUAAUAGUAAUAAUCACCAAACAAUAGAGCAAUCAUCUUCUGAUACAACAACAACAAAUCCAAAUGUAUUUAGUCUCAAUAGUAUCCAACAACAAAUUUUAGCUUUACAAAAUGAAAGAAAUCGAAGAUUGGUAGAACAACAGCAACAGCAACAGCAACCCCAACAACAACAACAACAACAACAACAAAUACCACAAGAUAGUAAUUAUGAUUAUGAAAUUUCAAUUGAUGAAAUUCAAAAUACUAAUAAUAGUAAUAAUAUUAAUAAUGGUGAUUCAGUUACAACUACAACAACUACUACAACAACAACCACAACAAGAGUUGAUAUACCAAUGAUAUUAAAAUGGAUUGAACAAAAUUUACCAUUCAUUUUAAUAUUGGCAGGUGUGUUUGUAUAUAUACAUAGAAUUGGAAUAUUAGUGUUUUUUUGGCAACAACUUGUAUUCUUUCAAGCAAAUAUAGCAUUAAAGAAACAGGUUUCACUUCAUGAUAAAAGAAGUGCACCCAUUGUAUUUUGGAUAUUGUUAAUGUUAUCAAGUAAUAUAUUGACAACAUAUCUAUUUACAUCACCUCAACAACUUUGGAGAUCUUUGAUAUUUUUACCACCAAAACUUGAAACUAUUGAUAUUUGGUCAAGUUUUUGGGUAACCAUUAUCAAUGAUUUCAUUGCACGUUUCAUUACAAUGAUUAUAAAAGCAUUAUAUACAUUAACAGCAAGUAAUUUAUUUAUUGGUAGAUCAAGAUCACCAUCAUCUUCACCAUUAUCGCCAUCAUCAUCAUCUUCUUCUUCAUCAACAUCGAAUUCAAUUUUAUCAUUUUUAUCAUUAUCAACACCAAAACGAAGAGGUCAACUUUAUGCAGCUAUUGAAUCAACAUCACAUUUAUAUAGAUCAUUAUUACCAAUACCAAUUUGGGUUGGUUAUUUAUAUUCUUUUCAAGCAAAUGGUGACCAAAUAUUCUCAAGUGUAAUGGUUGGUUUAUACAUAACAUUGAAAUUAACAAUCAUCAUUGAAAGAAUGAAACUUUGUAUCUCUGCACUUCGUGUUUAUAUUUUACAUGAAGUAUUGUAUGGUAAAAAAGCAACACCCGAUCAAAUCAAUGCAGCUGGUGAUCUUUGUAGUAUUUGUAGAUCAAGUUUAGUCUCACCAAUAGUUUUAAGAUGUAAUCAUAUCUAUUGUGAAAAUUGUGUCUCAACUUGGUUAGAACGUGAAAGAACUUGUCCACUAUGUCGUUGUAGCAUUUUAUUUGCUGGUAAUAUGACUCAUAGUGAUGGUUCAACAAGUUUAUUAUUACAAAUGUUUUAA